AUGAGUGACGAGGGUGCAGCUAACCCGGACAAGGACGACAUCGCGCAGCUCGUCCGCAUCAAGACGGACUUCCCCCGCGUCAAGCUGGUUCUCUACGGCGGCCACGGUGCCCCUCUGGUAAGACCCUCUCCCUUCCUUCCUACCUUUACGCAAUUUCAACGCUCCCCGUAUAAACAACCCCCCAACCUGACAACACCACAGGUCGCCCACCACCUCGCCGAAGCAGCCAUCCCCGUCAUCCUCACGGGCAACCGCGGCGCCCCGGACCGCUGGGAGAAGAAGGACAUCCCCGUGGGGCCCCCGCUGGCCGAAAGUGCCGCGAAGACGCUCCUCGACGCCGGCGUGCAGCUCGGGCUCGCUGUCGUGGGUGACUCGGGGGUCCAUGCGCUGGCCCAGCAUGCCCGGGUGGCCGGGAAGCAGGCGGGAUUGUCGGAUCUGGAGGCGAUCGCGCUGGUGUCGACGAGUCUGGAGGAGAUUCUGGGGCUUCGCUCAGGGCAAAGUGCGAGGGGGGAGGGAGAGGCGUAUGUGGGGGACUUUGUGGUUUGGGAGGGAAAUCCGUUGCGCGGGGAAGGGUCGGUGGUUGUUUCGGUGCUGGAGGGCGGGGAGGUCGCAGAUUGUUGGCCGGAUAGGGUUGGGGCUGUUUUGUAG